AUGAAUAUUGGUUGGCGACGUGGUUUAGCUGAGGACCUUCGGGUUUUGACAUUGGGAAAUGGGAGCUCUUGGAGGAUGAUUGAAGAUUUCCCUCCUCACGCACCUGAGUCUCUUGAUCUAUGCAUUGAUGGUGUGUUAUACUAUGAAGCUUAUCUUGACACAUAUCCGGCUUUUCUCGACGAAGAUAAAGCAGUCAUGAGUUUUGAUGUUAGGUCUGAAAAGUUUCAUCUUAUAAAAACACCAGAAACCGCUCUGUUUACAAAGCUGACACGCUACGAAGGAAAGCUUGCUAUCAUGGGCUCUGAAUCUACUGGACUUUCUACAUGUAGAAUUGAUAUGUGGGUUCUAGUGGACGCUGCGAAACAUGAAUGGUCGAAUAAGGUUUUUGUUGUGCCGUGUGAGUUUGUUUUGGCACCAGAAACAAUGUUUCAUGAACCACCAUUUUAUGUUCUCUAUUAUGAUCCCAAGAAAAAUGCUGUGAGAAGAUUCUUCAUAGAAGGAAUCACGGAACUAAAGCUUUUACGGUGGGAUAGUCAUUUGAACCGUCGUGUAAUCUCUAUCUUCCCUGGUCAGGUUGAGAACCUCAUGUUUCUCUAA